GACACGGGCGGGCGGGCAGGAGCCGGGGGCUAGAGGAGGAGCUCCGCGCAGAGCGGCGGCGGGCACGGCCGCGGUCGGGCCGGGAGCUGAGGCGGCGCAGCGGGGCAGGUGCGGGGGCGGGCAGGGGAGCCGGCAGCGGCCCCGGGCCCUAUGGUGCCGGGCGGGACCCGGACCCCGCUCCCCGCCUUCCAACGGGGCCCGCGGAGCGCCUUGGGACGGGCACUCUGCGGGCAUGAGGACCCUGCCGGUCCUGCUGCUGUCGCUCUGCUGGAGCCUGGCGCGGGUGAAUGGUGUCCAUCCAGAAUGCAGAUUUCAGCUGGAGAUUCACAAGGAGGAAACCAGGUGCAUGGAACUUCUAAAGAAUGCAAAGCCAGUGGACUACAAGGGAUGUGUUGGAGUUUGGGAUAACAUCACCUGUUGGCGUCCUGCGAAGGUUGGAGAGACUGUCACUGUCCCUUGCCCAAAAGUAUUUAGCCUUUUUUCUGGAAAACCAGGAAACAUUAGCAAAAAUUGUACGAGUAAUGGAUGGUCGGAUAUAUUUCCUGACAUCUUAAGUACUUGUGGAUAUAAUGACUACGAAGAUGAUUAUAAGGUCAACUUCUAUGUGAGGGUGAAGGCAAUUUAUACCCUUGGACACAGCGUAUCUCUGAUUGCUCUUACUACAGGAAGUAUAAUUCUUUGCCUUUUCAGAAAACUUCAUUGUACUCGGAACUACAUCCAUCUGAACCUGUUCCUCUCUUUCAUUCUAAGAGCAAUCUCUGUUUUAGUCAAGGAUGAUAUUCUCUAUUCCAGCUCCAACACAGCUCACUGUCCAGAGGAUCAAACCUCAUGGGUGGGCUGCAAGGCAAUUCUGGUGUUUUUUCAGUAUGGUGUUAUGGCAAACUUUUACUGGCUCUUAGUAGAAGGACUUUACCUCCACAUCCUCCUUGUGCUAAUAUUCUCCCCCAACAGACACUUCACCAUCUACCUGCUGAUAGGAUGGGGAAUUCCUACAAUAUUCAUUAUUACAUGGACAGUGACACGAAUCAUUCUAGAGGACACUGGCUGCUGGGAUACAAAUGAGCAUGGUGGUCCCUGGUGGGUUAUACGAAUACCAAUUUUAAUUUCUAUUAUAGUGAAUUUUAUACUUUUCAUUAGCAUUAUAAGAAUCUUACUGCAGAAGUUAAGAUCUCCAGAUGUUGGAGGAAAUGACCAGUCACAGUACAAGAGACUUGCAAAAUCCACCUUGCUGCUGAUUCCUUUGUUUGGAGUUCACUACACAGUGUUUGCUCUGUUUCCUGACCGCAGUUCCAACAAUUAUAAAAUAAUCUUUGAGUUGUGUUUGGGAUCUUUUCAGGGGUUGAUUGUUGCAGUCCUGUAUUGUUUUUUGAACAGUGAAGUGCAGGGGGAGCUGAAAAGGAAGUGGCGGAGCUUGUGCUGGAAGCAGACAGCAGGCAGAGACUACAGACUCCACUCGUCCAUUUCCCGAAAUGGAUCAGAAAGUGUUUCCCAGCUCCACAGGAAUUCAAGAGCUCACUCAUUUAUGCAGACAGAGACCACCAUGAUAUAAAUGAGCUAGGUCCCCCAAAACAUGAAAAACUGUGGGAUAUAUCAUUCAUUAUGCAGCUUGAUGUGAUAUUUUAUAACAUGUACAGUUUAAUGCUUUGCUUUUCUACAUGUUGGUUCUUGGGGAAUUGGUUUGUGCAGCCAAACUAUUAUUAAUGGAGAAGCCUGCCCUAUGGAUGCUUUCUGUUUUGUUCAAGUGGUAUUCAUAUUAGUUCUGAUGUUCUCUUGCAGUUUACUAGCCGUAACAAUUCAAAAAUUCAUUUUCCAUAAAGGUCCCUUUACCUUCCAAAAUAGCUACAAGAUCCAUGCAGGGUAUCCUGCUCAAUGCAGAUUUCUUUGGCACACGUAAGGGUUAAGAUGGGAAGCAAGAAAAUUUCUUACACUUUAUUUAUACUUAAGGAUGCAUUGCCUUAAGGAUUAGGAAAUUCUUUUCUAAUUAUGGAAAGUACAAUUUAAAAAAAAAAUCUAAGACCAUAAUUAACCACACUGGGAGUUCAGUGUGCUAAUCCAGGAAAUCAUUAACAUGAUUUACAAGAGAGGGGGAAAGGUAGUGCUUCUAGGCUAACAGUACACAUUUCAGAGAUUACUUUGUACAGAGUUUGAUUCCAAUCCUGUUGUUACUCUCAAAAGUGCCUGGUUUGAUGUUUGGGUGGAGGGUGUAGAGCUACUUACAGGCCAUACAGAAAAAACUACUAUGUUACUUCUGAAUAUAGUAGUUCUCAGUUGUUCUCUUCUGUUUAAAGUCAGAGAUUUGUGUUGAUCUUUCAUGAAGGAGUUUUCUGAAGAAGUAGGUUUUAUUGCUAAGGCAGCCUGGCAUAGAAUAAACAGCCUUGGAUAGCUCAUUACACAUUGAAAAUACCAUUUCUUACAGUAUUAUCAUUGAACUCUGUCUCUAGGAACUACAUAUUUGACUGCAAAACACCAGGAAUAUUGCAGUGAAGUUAAAACUCACAUUUAACAAAAAAAUGUAAAUUCUUUUAGAUUUAUUCAGUUCUAUAUUGAUCUGAAAUUAUUUAAAAUUUAGCCCUGACCAUGACUCCAGAAAAAAAAUAAUUAGACAGAAUCCCUAAAAAUUACCAUAAAAGGCAUAAAGAAGGAAUUUUCAACAAUGGCAAGCCUCUUAUGUAGCCAUG